AUGAAUUGCUCCGGGUGUUUAAAUAUUAUCACUGACCCUGAUUCUAUGGUAACAUGCUCAAAAUGUCGAGUAUCUUUCCAUAACUCUUGUGUGGCAUCAUCACUAGAAGGAAUUGUUAAGGAUCAAACUACAUGGAUGUGUCCUGCAUGCAAACCUAAGAGAGGUAAUGCUGAUGGUACCCCUGUGCGAACUAGUAAUCCCCUUAAGUUAGCCCAUGAGCCAAAUGUUACGGUGCGCAGCAAAAAAGGCGUGGCAGCAGCUUCUCCCGUCAAUAUGGAGACUGAUGGUCCAGUAACGUCCAUUGAAGUACGAAGUAUAAUACGGUCGGAGAUAGCGGCACUUACGAAACAUUUAAAUGAAACAUUAGCACAGUAUGUAAAUAAAGAACUUAAGUCUAUUAAAGCUGAAAUUGAGCAGGUCAAGGAAUCUAUGAACUUCAUGAACGAUAAAUAUGAGGAAAUCAAGUCUGACAUAUCUACGAAGUUUAUGGCGAUACAUGAACUUCAGAAAGAGAAUGAGCAAUUAAAAAUUGCAUUUAAGGACAUGAACCUGAGACUUGAUGUUAUGGAGCAACAAUCCCGCUCUUCAAAUGUGGAAAUACAGUGUUUACCAGAACACAAGGGAGAAAACCUUGUAUCUACUGUCAUGAAUAUUGGGAAAGUCAUAUCAUGCUCGAUAGCGGAGAGUAAUAUACACCGGGUAACUCGGAUUGCCAAGCUUAAUGCUUCUAGCAACCGACCUAAGUCAAUAAUUGUGCAGUUCAACAGCCCGAGAAUUCGCGACAGUUUUUUAGCAGCAUCUAUUAAAUUUAAUAAAAAUAAGAAACCCGAAGACAGAUUAAACAGCAGCCUCAUUGGGAUUGGGGGAAAAAGGGAAAAUGUAUAUAUAGUGGAUCAUCUAUCACCGAAGAACAAGAGUUUACACGCUGCCGCUAGGUUGAAAGCUAAGGAAUUAAGUUAUCGAUAUGUAUGGGUUAGAAAAGGAAGAAUAUACAUGAGGAAAACGGAAGAUUCUGAUUACAUAUAUAUUAAAGAUACUGAUAUGCUUGGCAGGCUUGUAUAG